AUGGAUUCCUUAAUUUCUAUUCUGUUAUAUUUAUGUUGCACCUUAUCAAUAGGAGUCGCCAAUCAAAAUACAAAGGGUCCAAUAAUAACAUCAUACCAUGUUACUACUGAGGUAUUCUACCGUUUUGCCAUGACCCAAGUGUCUAACCAGAUAUUUUAUAACUCCACAGCUACAGACUUCAUUGUUUUUAAUCUUACUAUACCCGAUAGAGCCAUGAUCACCAAUUUUACCAUGAAGGUCAACCAGACGUAUUUUAGUGGGUUUGUCACAACUAGAGAUGUAGAAAAACAAAUGAGUUUGUCUUCCUCGGUUCAAGAUCAUAAAUACGGACGACUUAUAUCCAACCCAACUAACAGCAACAGGUUUAUAGUAAGAGAACAUGUACAGGGUCUAACGCGCGUCACUUUCAAUGUAACGUACAUGGAAUUAUUACAAAGACGAGAUGGACAAUUUACCAGUCCUAUCUAUAUAACACCCAAUCAUCCAGUCCGUAAUAUAUAUGUUCGAACUGUUAUAAAGGAACCACGUCGAGUUAUCAAAGCAUAUCUGUUAUCUAAUGAUCAUUGUUUUCAAGAUGGAAGACACGAUAUUGUUGUGAAUGCAGAAAAAUCUACAAUACUAGAAUUCAGCCAAAAGUUUACCAAGAAAACAUCUCAAGACGUUAAAGGUGUGAUGACACUACAGUAUUUCCUUGGUUCGUUUUUGGAUGCUGGAGAUAUUUUGAUGUCGAGAGAUUAUUACAUUCAUUACUUCUCACCAAAGAUUUCUAAACCAGUUCCCAAAGACGUGUUAUUUCUGCUGGAUAUCAGUGGUUCUAUGGCCAACAAUAAUAAGUUAAACCAAUUGAAGAAAGCUAUGUCCACCAUACUGAAGACAAUUAAAAGCUUUGAUAGAUUCAAUAUCAUGCUCUUUUCCGAGCACAUUUCCCUUUACAAAAGGACUGCGUUUGUGUCGGGGUCAAAGAUAGGCAAUGCUAUCAAAUACAUCAAUGCCUUGAAACCAGCUGGCGAUACUGAUAUUUCCAAGGCUAUAUUGGGUGGAAUUGAAUACAUCAACGAAUAUUCUAAAAAUAGUAACAAAUCCUUUAUAUUCUUCCUGACAGACGGUCACUCAACUUCCGGUAUAUCCGAUACUCGCAGAAUUCUGGAACUGACAAGAGCAACUAAUAAAUAUGAUGUACCAAUAUUUACCAUUGCGUUUGGAAAAGAUGCUGAUUGGCAUUUAACUCGAAGUCUGGCCGCGGAAAAUUUUGGUAUUAGCAGACGAAUUUUGGAUGGGUCAUCUGCAUCAGCAAAAAUAAUCGAUUUCUAUAAUGAAAUAUCCCCAAGCGUCAUGUCCGCAAUACAGUUUAGGUAUUAUCUGAAUGGUUUACACCAAGUCAAUUAUAAUUUGAUCAGACAAAAUCUAAGAAAUUACUACCGUGGUUCUGAGUUGGUCGUUACUGGUCGACUUCAAACAGCUCAGAGGAUUUCAAACUAUAAAUAUUUAGAGAGCAGAGUUGAUGGACUGAGAAGAUCUGGUAAUAUUUCUUUAACUAAAUCAUCGCCUCAAUACAAUGGUAACUAUGAUGGUAUGAUCGAUAGGAUCUGGUCAUAUUUAAUGAUUGAAAAUUUGAUAAGACAACAUCAACUAGCGUUAGAUUCUACUGAGAGAAAACGAAUUAACACAAGACUUCAAAGAAUGGCUUCGAAGUAUAAUGUAGUGACACCAAUAACAGUUAUGUUAGCUGAUGCCUCUACCGACGGUUACUAUGGUGAAAAUAUCAACAGUUUGAAUUCUGUUAAUCCCCUAGAGCUACACAAUGCAGAUCCUAUAGUUCUUAAGUCCGAACGAAAAUCACUGAAGCCACCAAGUCGUUUCAUUAGUGAGGGUGGUCGAGAUCCUCAUUUUGUAAUUCAGUCACCUCAUGUGGAAUAUCCGGUCUGUUUUAAUAUACUUGGUAGUAAUAAUGACAUAAUACAGCUACUCCGUGACCCAGAGAUAAAUUUAAGAAUCAACAUCCAAAUUCACAAAGAUCCUCAAACGUCAGCUAUGUUCAUAACUGAAGUUGGUGUCGCUACCGACAAGACUUUUCACUGGAAUAUCUCUAAGAUAAAGGUGUAUCAAGAAGCUAGCGUGGAAAUUAUUGGUGGAAGGAGGGUUAAUAUAGAGUUUAAGAAUGGUAUGAUGGUACACAUCUCUAAUAAUCCAAGACAUAACGGACACUACUUUAAUAUUGGUAUUUCCCGAGAAGAGAAACUGUCGCCAGCUACCACAGGUUUGCUGGGAAUGUUUAUACAUCACCUCAACAGUCGAAAACCCGAUAACCGCCGUCCAAAUACCAGGAUUCUAACCACAUCACUAAAUGGAUACGCAUUAGAAUCAAAGGCCAAACUAGUCGAGAGAAUCCAUCCUCUAACAGAAGAAAACAUUACUUGUUGGGCUUUACCAACCAAUGGUGAAAUUAUGAAGACGACAUCAGUUUUUAAAGUGAAGAAAAUUUUUAAAUAA